GAAAAUAGACAAUUUGGUGAACGGCUCCGGUGAUCUCAAUCACAAUCACGAAGACGACAUUAGCGCUGUUAAACAUUCGCUUCCACACAGCAACGGCGAAAUUGGUACAGACAAAGAUGAACCGGACAAGGUGGAAAACAAUAAUGAUUUACUAGAAAAUGAAACGUUUCCGGAAAUGUUGGCGCCCAUACCCACGCCCCGGACACCGGAACCGAUUCCCGAAACAAAGAAGACUACUGUUACUAAGACUGCACCAGCCAAAACGAGCCCUGUAAAAUCGAAAUCACAGACACCCGUAACGGCUUCACCUCGUAGAAUUACCAGUGAUAGAAGCGUAUCGGAGACGAAUAAGACACGGAGUGCUAUGCAACGACCAGCCAACACAACACCCAGAAAACCACCUGUGAAGGCGAACAGCGCGGGUUCUGGUACUCCUAAGGGUCGGUCCGCAACGGCGACAGCUCCGAGCAGCGCGGCCGCGUCGGGUGACGCGUGCGGCGUCUGCGGUAGACAUUUCGCCUCCGACCGCAUCGCUAAGCACCAGGAGAUCUGUAAAAAGGCCCACAGCAAGAAAAGGAAACCCUUUGAUGUACUCAAACAUCGUUUGGCUGGUACCGAAGUUGAAAGUUAUAAGGGAACGGAAGCAGAACCCUUUAUCAAUAAAUUGCGCAAAACCACCGCUACUCCGUCAACUACUAAAGUGAACAAAGGCAAGCAAUUGAACAGCAACUGGCGACAAAAACACGAAGAGUUCAUCCAGGCAAUACGAGCGGCGAAACAAGUGCAGGCACAUUUGAAUGCUGGAGGUAAGCUGAGCGAUCUGCCGCCCCCUCCGCCGUCGGAGAAUCCGGACUACGUGCAGUGUCCUCAUUGCAAUCGCAGGUUUAACCAGGGCGCUGCCGAGCGACACAUUCCGAAGUGCGCAAACUUUCAGUUCAACAAACCGAAGCCGGCUGCUAUGCGACGAUAACCACGAAAUCCUACAGCGCAAUAUAUCAAUAUCAUUUGCGGAGACUUGUUUAGAUUUUUUUCCGAAACAGCGAUCACUGGCUACACAGCAUUUUCUUCAUACGGUGAUUGCAUUAAACAGUAUCAUACCUUACUGUCUUUGACGUAAAGUAAAUCUUUUUAAAUCGUAAUAUUUGUUAAAUCAACUUGUGAUUAGGGAGUCUUAACAUCAAUAUAUAAUCCCUGCUGAUAAUCUUGCAACGUAACUUUGGCUAAAUAGAAAUUUGAUCUUUAUUUUUCCAUUGAAUAGUUUUGAGUAGUUCCUAAAGCUGAGAUCUCUGAAAUGUCGGACCCGUUUGCGUGUAAGGAGUAUUAUACAUCGAAUCGAAUUAUUGACUGUCUGAUUCAGAUAUUGUUCACGUACACGCUUUUCUACUUAGUUAAAAUAUUUUACGAUAUUAUAUCAACGAAUUUACCUAAUAGUAACAACUAACUAAUCGCUAAGUAACCGACCCGAUUACUGAUUAAAGAAUCGUGUCAGAAAUGGACGAUGCAAUCGAAUUAGUGAAAUUUGAAAGGAAUUGUCGUUUGAAACCUAAAGGCGUAUUCACGUUGAGCGAUUUUUUGUUGCGCGUCUGUUUGGCGACGGUCUUGUAUUACACGGUUUGGAUAAUCAUAGCACACGUCCAUGAUUAUACAUGCUAUUUCCGUCGCCAAAGCAAUACGAAUAUUCCUUUGAGAAGGCGUUAAGUUCGUUUGUAUUUAAAUAUUCGACUUCUAUUUUUUUUACAUUUAUUUGUUAUUGUUGUAUGUUUCGAAAACAAUUUAUUUUCUAAUGACGCAACGAGCAGCGUAUUUGUAGUUUUAAAACUCCAUAAGUGAUAUAACAAAUUAAAUUUGAAUUACGUUGGAAAUACAAUAUAUUUCACAUUCAAUAAUAGUUGCUUUAUAAACAUGUUAACGACUUUCAUACGCAAAUGUUUAAUAUCUAUUAAUAAAAUAUAGUAAAGAUAGA